AUGGCCAGACAACCCUCAUUGGACUCGGAGCGACCUAUCAUGGCCAAAUCUAAUCGCACGUCCAAAAGAUUUUCGACCGUGAGCGGUAGCCCAUCACUUGCACCAUCGGAACAGACCAUCGGAAGCCUACCUAGUGGUGAUCCCAGACUGGCUGAGUUCAACCACCUGCGCGAUGGCCUCGAGCGUCUAGAGAACAAACCCCUUCUGAAACAACGUUUUGUCCCUACACCAGAGAAAAGCGACAACCUCAGCAAGCUGGCCCUUGGUGCAAAGGUGGAACGCGCACUGGGGCGACGAAUGACUGGUCAAGAUGCCGUCAUGCGGAAGCCCGUUCUAGAUGAGAAGGUCGCUGCUUCGGAGACCACAGCAGCUUAA